AUGACCCCUAGAGUAACACGCUCUGUGGGCUCCCCUGAGCAUCGAAAAGGAGGUGCGAGGGACGCAUUUCCAGAUACUGAUCUCGAAUCAUCAUUUGAUUUAGGAAUAAUGGCAUCGACACCAUUAAAAUAUGAAGAUGAGACAUUCCUUUCACCCAUGAAUAAGCUCAACAGAUUGCACUUGGAGUCAGACUGUGAAAAUCAUUUGGGAAACCAAACUUUGACGAGUCAUUCGGACGAUGAGAAACUCCCAAACUACAGAAAGAGGCAUUUGACUGAAUCGCCUUCAGAUAUGAUAAUAACGCCUAGUAACUCGGGCCCCAAUUCUAAGAUGUCCAUUUGCAUUAAUAAUAGCUCCAACAUAAGUAAGCUAAGCUUUUCGCAGAGUGAUUCAACACCUUGCCCAGUUCAACCUAGAAAGAGGUUGAAGUUCAAAAAAAAUAACAAUGUCAGUCCCAGGAUAAAUAAUAACAGAAGAAUUUUAAAUCUUUCAAACUCUGUCAAGACUUCAGUAGCAACCAAGUUAAACACUGCGCUGUCUGACGAUGACAAUUUGAAGACUAUAAAUACAUCCAUUUUUUCGAAGGGCCAAGAAUCAACACCUAUAUCCCAAUCCACGCCCGCAAAUUCGAGGGACGCAACCCCAUCACCUGCAUCAGUUGACUCAGUUGAGUUUGGAGAUUCUAUUAAUGGGUUUCACUUUGUGAGACCAAAGAACUCGUCUGUUUCGACUCCAAAAUUAAAAUCAUAUAACCUACGAAACUUGUACAAUCAAAGUAAUAUAAUAGGUAAAGAGGAAUAUGAAAUUAUUGGCGAGGUAGAAACAAAUAAUUCAGACAUUCACGUUGGUGAUAGGAGGACGGACCCAUACAAUGAGGACUACGAUGAUACUGACGAUGACAUAGAACAGUCGCGAAAAAGAGAAUUACGCAAACAAUAUUUUAGUGACGAUAAUAAGUUGCCAUUGACACGAUGUUUUGAAGAUCCGAAGCCUAAAAAGGCAGAACUAAUUCAAAUUAUCAACGAUCAGAACUCUGUGAUGGAUUUUUUAAAUCAAAUUAAAUUAUCUGAUGAAGAAUUAACAGAUUUAAUCAAGUCUGAGAGAAGAAGAUGGCACCCUGAUAAGUGGCAUUCGAAAUUGAAACAAUCGCACUUGCCGUUUGAUAUAGAGAUAAUUAAUAAUCUCAGUCAAGCGUUAAAUGCAAUUGUGGAGCAAUUAAAUUAA